AUGGCCGACGAACUCUCCGCCGAGAAGCGUCCUAAACCAACCAUCGCUGAAGUGCUCGCCCGCAACAACCAGGGGCAAUGCCCACUCUAUGACGAGCACAUUUUUGACGAGCCCUACGACGAUUUUAUCCGCAAUGACAUCGAUAAACGCCACGAGGAGAGAGUCAAAGUCAUAGAGCAGGGAAUCAAGGAAGAGGAGAAGAGACUGGAAGCACUGCUAAUAGAAAAGGUAGCUGAGUUAAGAAAGAAGGAGAAGGAGAAGGAGAAGGAGAAGGAGAAGGAGAAGGAGAAGGAGAAGGAGAAGGAGAAGGAGAAGGAGAAGGAGAAGGAGAAGGAGAAGGAGAAGGAGAAGGAGAAGGAGAAGGAGAAGGAGAAGGAGAAGGAGAAGGAGGAAAGGAGAAGGAGAAGGAGAAGGAGAAGGAGAAGGAGAAGGGGGAAGGGACAGGGGAACCAAAAGAAAGAGAGCUCAUCUGAUGAGGGCAACGACUCAAAGGUAGUGGAUCAUAAAGCUACGAAAUCAACUAUAAAAAGAGACGACUGA